AUGCCUUCUGGCUGGAAUGCUAAAGACCUUUCUCUUCUAGCAGUGGAGAUCUCCAGGGUAUACGGAAUCAGUCAUGAGGAGAUAGUGUCCAUGGACCUCAAAAGAGGAACGAAAAUAUGCUACACUCGAGCGAACGGGUCAGAAGUGACACUCGACUAUUUGUGGGAACAUGAUGAGGAAGAUCUCAAAACAAGGUUCAAGCUAUGUCUGAUAGAGACGCGACUAAAAAGCUGCACAGACAGUGCUGCAAAUAGCCUCCUUCUACUUUUUCCCACUGCGUCCAAGGAGAAUCAGAUUACGAUAUUUGCAAUAUUCUACAAGCUUGCUACAAAAUACAAAGUGUAUGAUGAAAAGAUACUUUAUGAAUGCAGGACACAUAUACACAUAGCAGCCUUUCGACAGGCCAUUUUGAAGAUAUUGAUAGCAUACUCUUUUUCCAGGCCAGACCUCAUUUUUAGGGUAUUCACGUAUGAAGAGGCUAUGGAGAUGAAUCUCUUCAAUCCUAAGAGCUUAAGUCUGGAGGAUCCAAACUCGAUAAGUAUUGUGAGAAGACUGUUUUCAAAUAUGGACAGGACUUCGUUCAGACACUCAAAAAGAAUACUUAGAGAUAUGGAUGAGAGGUUUUUUCUGUACCUGCCGGACGAACUCAGUAGCAAAGGAUAUUCGCAUCUUCGGGAGCUAAUUAGGGAACUCCCCCCUACAAAAGUUCAGGCGAUUGGCAGGAUGGUUUCAAGAAAGUCUACCGUAGGGCUGUUUCUGCACCCAGAGAUAGACGAUGCCCACAAGUUCUUUGCCCAUAAAGAUAUAGAGGUCAGGAUUGAAUCACUCAGGCACAUCAAGGAUGUCAGGGUGAUGAAAGAAUUUUUAGAGGUUAAUCAAUUUAUCUAUAGCAGAAGCAUGCUGAAGUUAUUGUCUAGAUACUUCCAGAUAUGGCUCAAAAAAAGAGCAUCUAAGGAUCAUGAGCUUAAGACGAUGUAUGCUGAGACCAUACACCCGAUGCUUCAAAGCAGAAAUACAUCUAGAAGGUUACUUGGGGUAUACCUCAUGGAGUCACUAGUAUCAGAGGGUAUUGUUGAAUUUUCGGGAUGGGCCCAACUACUAUUUGACCCUGACUAUGAGAUAAGGAAGAUUGGAUGCAAGUACAGUGAGGGGGUGUCCCUAGAGCUCAGUGAAAUAUGUACCCGGAUAGAAAGUUACCAGCCAUAUGAUAUUCACGGAUGCAUAGAGUACAUGAAGAAUAACCGAUCAGAUCAGUUUCUUGGCACUCUGAAGGAGAUCUUUGACAAUAAAGUAGGUUCCAUUGUGAAUGGGAAAGGUACGGAAGAGAUUGCGAUACACGGGUUUCUAAGCCUGUUUUCAGAAAUGAGAUAUGACAUUGGAGCCUGUGUGGAUGUGGUUUACAAAUACUGCUUUGAGAGGCUUUCAAAUACUAUUUAUGAACAAGAGGAUGACAGGCUUGUAGCCUGCAGUAAAAACAUGAAUGAGUGCUGCAAUUAUUAUUACAGAAUGGCAUUGGAUGGUGACAAGAGCUCCUCUUGGAGGCUAGUACAAGCGCUCUUACACAUAAACCACUUGGGUGUCAUAUUACAGGUAUCUCAGUAUCUGAAUGGAGUACUCAAGAGCGGAACUCUUGGAGAACGUGAAAUACUACAGAUAAUGGAUGCAUCGUUCAACAGAAUCAAGAGUUGCAAGGUUGUUUCGAGAAAAAGUGGAGGAAUGCCUUUAAUUUUCGUAGCAGUCCUUAAAAACUAUCCAUUGAUUAUUGAUGGCAUCCUAGAGAGGCUACUCGAGCUUACUGGUGGGGAUGAGAGUACUGUUAAAAUUCACUGCUUGAACGUCCUCAGUAAAGUUAUUGGAGACGGGUGCCUGAGCCCAAGAAUGUCUUUUCGGAUGACUGAGUUGUUUAGGCUGACCUUUAAAUGCAGCAGAUCCAGCCUUUGGGCUAUAAGAAAUGUAGGGAUAGAGAUGUUUUCACAUCUAGCUCGAAAAGUGUUUGUACAGGACUCGGUGUGCAUUGUCUCAAUGGCUCAUAAGGAGCUCAGAAGCUUGCUUUACAAGGAGCUUGAUUCUUGUUAUGGCAAAGGGGACAAUACUUUGGCGUUUCUUAUCCUUCAUCUGUAUGGAAGGAUAAAGAGGCUGGACGAAGAGGAAAUGAAAGUAAUCCGAAGAUUUUCAGGUAAGAGUGGGAUGAUCGGGCUAAAAUCAAAGAGGAUUUGUGAGGGAAAGGAAUGGAUAAGGCCUAAACACCCAGAAGGUCGGAUGGCGUUUGAUGAGAAGCUAGGGGAAGGAGAAAUACUUUUAAGGCUAUUAAUACUUCUGGAUUCUGAACACACUGAGGAGAGAAAGAUGGCUGAACAUUACGUCAAAAGCACAUAUAAUCUGUCUUUAUACUCUGAAGAGUAUCUCAAACAUCAUAUAGCCAAAAGGAUUUGCAGUAUUGGAUACAGAGAAGCUGCAGUUCAGAAGCUUAAGAAGUACAGCUUAAAUGUAGAGGAAUCCCUAAACUGCUUUUUUAGAGACUCUCCCUCAAACGAGCGAUUUGAUUUGGGAUAUGAUGUCUUUCUCAUGCAGAAGUACAAAAACUAA